AUGAAGGGUUUCACAGUGGUCUGCUGCGUGCUGGUGGCUGCUGCGGGCUUCAUGGCCGCGGGGCCAGCCGCCGCCGUGACCUGUGGGGAUGUGACAUCGAGCCUGGGCCAGUGCUUACCGUUCCUGCGGGGGCAGGUGGGGACACCGGCGGUGGGCUGCUGCGACGGCGUGCGCCGCCUGAGGGCGAUGCUGCCGGCCAUCGCCGAUCGGCGGGUGGCGUGCAACUGCAUGAAGCAGGCGGCGGCACACUUCCGGGACAUCAAGGGGAACGCCGUCAGCUCGCUCCCCGGCAUCUGCAGGGCCCCCCUCCCCUUUCCCAUCAAUCUCGCCGUGGACUGCGCAAGGUGA